CCGAUCCCCGCGCCCCGACCCCCGCGCCCGCCUCCGCCAACUUUCACGCUGCCUCGGCGGCCCGGCCCGGUUCGACGCCAAUGGUGGAGGCCAUAGUGGAAUUUGACUACCAGGCCCAGCACGACGAUGAGCUGACCAUCUGCGUGGGUGAGAUCAUCACCAACAUCAGGAAGGAGGAUGGAGGCUGGUGGGAGGGGCAGAUCAACGGCAGGAGAGGUUUGUUCCCUGACAACUUUGUAAGAGAAAUAAAGAAGGAAAUGAAGAAAGACCCUCUCUCCAGCAAAGCUCCAGAAAAGCCCAGGCACGAUAUAGCCAGUGGAAAUGCUUUGCUGUCUUCUGAAACAAUUCUAAGAAGCAACAGGAGAGGUGAGCGACGGCGGCGCCGAUGCCAGGUUGCAUUCAGUUACCUGCCCCAGAAUGACGACGAGCUCGAACUGAAAGUCGGUGACAUCAUAGAGGUGGUAGGAGAGGUAGAAGAAGGAUGGUGGGAAGGCGUUCUCAAUGGCAAGACGGGAAUGUUUCCUUCCAACUUCAUCAAGGAACUGUCGGGGGAGUCUGAUGACCUCGGCAUGUCCCAGGAUGAGCAGCUGUCCAAAUCAAGAAAGACUACCUUUGAAGGGACAAUUCUGUAUCGAGCCACAUCGGGAAAGACGGAGGGCCACAGACGUUAUUACAGUUUAAGGGAAACCACCGGCUCCGAAAGUGACGGGGGCGACUCAAGCAGUACCAAAUCGGAAGGCGCCAAUGGGACGGUCAUCACAGCAGCCAUCCAGCCGAAGAAAGUGAAAGGCGUGGGCUUCGGAGAUAUUUUCAAAGACAAGCCAAUAAAACUCAGACCAAGAUCGAUUGAAGUAGAAAAUGACUUUCUAGCAGUGGAAAAGACUAUUGGGAAGAAGUUACCUCCAACUACACCAACUCCAGACCCAUCAAAACCAGAAAUGGACAGCAGAACCAAAACCAAGGACUACUGCAAAGUAAUAUUCCCAUAUGAAGCACAGAAUGAUGAUGAAUUGACAAUCAAAGAAGGAGAUAUAGUCACUCUCAUCAACAAGGACUGCAUUGAUGUCGGCUGGUGGGAAGGAGAACUCAACGGCCGAAGAGGAGUGUUUCCUGAUAACUUCGUCAAGUUACUUCCACCAGACUUUGAAAAGGAGGGGACUAGACCCAAGAAGCCACCUCCUCCAACCGCUCCUGUCAUCAAGCAAGGGGCAGGCACCACUGAGCGAAAACAUGAAAUUAAAAAGAUACCUCCUGAAAGACCAGAAACGCUUCCCAACAGAACAGAAGAAAAAGAAAGACCAGAGAGAGAGCCAAAACUGGACCUACCGAAGCCUUCCGUUCCUGCCAUCCCACCAAAAAAGCCUCGGCCUCCCAAGACCAAUUCUCUCAGCCGACCAGGCGCACUGCCGCCCAGGAGACCUGAAAGACCCGUGGGUCCCCUGACCCAUACCAGGGGUGACGGUCCAAAGAUUGACUUGGUGGGCAGUUCGCUAGCCGGCAUCCUGGAUAAGGAGCUCUCGGACCGCAGCAAUGAUAUCGACCUAGAAGGUUUUGACUCCGUAGUAUCGUCUACUGAGAAACUCAGUCACCCCACCACAAGCAGACCAAAAGCCACAGGAAGGCGGCCUCCGUCCCAGUCCCUCACAUCUUCUUCCCUGUCGAGCCCUGAUAUCUUUGACUCCCCGAGUCCCGAAGACGAUAAAGAAGAACACGUUUCACUUGCGCACAGAGGAGUGGACGCAUCAAAGAAAACUUCAAAGACUGUUACCAUAUCCCAAGUGUCUGACAACAAAGCUGUGCUGCCCCCCAAGCCAGGGAGCAUGGCAGCAGGCAGCGGGCCUGCCCCGCUGGUGGCAGCAACACCCUCCCCACUGUCUUCUUUGGGAACAACUGGACACAGGGCCAACUCCCCGUCUCUGUUCAGCGCGGAAGGCAAACCAAAGACAGAGCCUGCAGCCAGCAGCCAGGCAGCCUUGGAGGAGCUGAGGACUCAGGUCCGUGAGCUCAGGAGCGUCAUCGAGACCAUGAAGGACCAGCAGAAACGAGAGAUUAAGCAGUUACUCUCAGAGUUGGACGAAGAGAAGAAAAUCCGCCUUCGAUUGCAGAUGGAAGUUAAUGACAUAAAGAAAGCUCUUCAAUCAAAAUGAAUACUUGAUAACCGAAAUUUGCGUUAUUCAUUCUGAGUCCUAGACUCAAAUUCUCUGCCCCAGCCAAAAUAACCGUGUGCCAAAAGAUUACAGGUUUGCCUCACUAUGUCCCUGUUUGAAAGAUUAGCACAAAAGUCUUGAUAGCACAACACAAAUUCCAUCCAAGAGGAGAAUAUUCCCCAUGGUCUAGUCCUGGGUCUGGCACUGGUUGUGACUUUAAAAGAGCAAAUUGUGCUAAAGGCUUUUCUACCAUGAGAUCUCAUGCGAAAUGAAAACUCAGGCAGUUUAGUCCAUAGUGGUACUAUUUUGAUGAUAUUUUCCAUUAAUAAAAUGUAACUUCAGAUUAUUCGUUUACAAGCUUUAUAAUUUUAUGAUUUUUUUAAUCGUGUUUUGUCACCAGUUCCCCCAUUGUGUGUAUCAUACCUAGUCCGGAGCGAGUGCCCUGUACUUUUGCUUCAGGCUGAAAGCUGCCUCGCUUUGUGUCGUCCUCUGAGAUUCUAUUCCAUACGCAAUUUGAGGCCCAACCUGUUCUCAUCCCUGCCAGCAAACCCCACCACCCUAAUCAAUUUUAGCUCACCUAUGAUGGUGUGUUUUCAAAAGGAGAAAGAGAAAACCUGGUAUUUGCAAUGAUCUGUGCCUUCUUUUUACCACCCUCUUGAUUGGAGCUUUUGUGAUGCAGCUACCAUGAUUCAAAAAACAAAACAAAUACAAAAAAAAACCCACAAAUAAACAAAAGAAAAAAAAAACAAUGUUAUUUUAGUCACUAUUCUAAGUCCACUAGAGGCCACUGUCUUCAAAGCUUCUUGUACCUUGCCACAGUUGAGACAUCUGUGAAGCCUGGUUUACUCGGUGGCGCCAGCUGCGACUUUUAAGUUCUAGUUUUAGGUUGUUAAUGGAACUAGAAAAAUGUCACCCCUGCUUGAUUUUCAUCAGCCAAGUUAAACCCCUGCUUCCUGUCCUUUGCACCUUUUGCGUGAACAGAAUAUGCAUUAUUGAAUCAAAAAUAAAUAAAAAUAAAAUGCAAUUAAAAAUACGGGGGGGAAGUUGUAUUAUUUACUGCACUGGGCUAUCCGUGUGUGUCAUUGUUUAAACUGUACUCAUAGAAUGUCAUUGGCCUUGCUCUCUUGUAACCCCUUUCUCAGGUCCAAGAGAAUGGGGAGGCUCUUGUUGAAGUGUAGCCAUCGGCUCUUUCUUGCAUUUAUGGUAUUGCUUUUUUUCUUUCCCAAGUAAACUGGUGUUUGCUUGUCUGCUUUCCCUUUGUAGCCAAUGAACAGUUCAGCCUUAGACUAUGUAAACUGUUUUUCUCAUCCUUAGCUAAAUAAGGGGCAUACUGUAUUGCAAGAUUGUCUGGGGAUUGGGGGGGUGGGGGUGGGAGUUGUCCUUUAAUGGCCCCUGAAGCUGUUUUAUGUGUUUCUAAAAGCUGCUUUGUCUAUUUCAUGAGUUUUAGAGUGAAACUAAGCAUUAAUAUAUUUGCACAACCACAAAGAAUGAGACUUGAUAACGCUGAAGGAGUGAUGCAAAAAAAUUCCAUUACUGAUCAUGGAAGUUAUUUGAAUAACUGUCUCUUUCCUUCUCUUUUUCCUUCCCUUAUCCCACCUUCUCUUGCCUACAUGCUCAUCCUUGCUGCUUGAGGCUGCUACUUCCCCAGAGUAUUUACCCAGAGCCCAAACACCCUGGCAUUUCAGGGUAGGGACACAGUUAAGGGAAGAGAAAGAAAGAAAUCCCCAGCCUUCAUUCCCAUGUCCGGACAUGCUGCCUCUGUAGCAGACAUGCCCAGUGUGCUCGGAGCCAGGAGCAUCCAGCGCCCAAGGGCAGCAUCAAACAUUCCUGUACCCCUUGACUGUUCUAAGCAUUUCUAUGUUAAACUUGAAGCCUUCAGAGAUUUCACACCACCUAAUAUACGAAUGAGGAUUGGGUUCUUUGACGUUUGUAUUUCCCAUUUACCCAUCCUGAAAAUCCCUAAUUUUCUGUAGAAAAUUAGGAAAGCCCUAAGUUUCUAUCCCUAGUUUUCUAUAAUGUGUAUACAGAGUAGGAUCGUUGAUAAUUGAAUAGAAAGGUUGCAGCACCCUCAUGGGGCACUGGUGACCUGGAGAAGAGAGGGCUACCAUCUUCCCUUGAACCUUUGGUUUUCUUUGUGUAAAGAGAGGGAGAGUUGAUGAUAGAAGUCGGUGUAUCCAGUUUCAUUACUGCCCCUUGGGCUAAAUCAGCAAGAGGAUUCAACAUCCUGGAAAUGGACAAGCCACUUCCUGAAUAGACACCACCUUUACUCUUUCAAAAUGAACCCAGCAAGAAUAUUGAAAGCUUGAAAGUAUCACUUUUGAAAAAAUUCUUUUGCAUUCAGCAUGGACUCAACCAGCAUCUAUGGAGAUUAUUUUUUUGCUUCAUUUUCUAAAGUUGUAUUUAGAAAAGUCUUAAGUAUUGUGCUUUGUAAAGAAGAUAAUUAAAAUGAAAUUUUGUGAAAAUA